AUGGCAAUCACUGCCAGAUCCGACCCCAAUCCUGGAUCAACCACCGUUCAACCACAUAACCACAACCAAAACCACAACAACACUAGUCAUUUCUCAAAUCAACCCCCCCACAACCACAGCACCGCCAACAACUGCAGCAGCAAUAACGGAACGGAUUGUAACAAAAGUGACAGGAUGAGUCACCAGAGAGUUUCUUCUGCGAGGGAGCAACCACUUAUACAGGUGGAUGUGAAGAUAAAUGAUAUAGUAGGGAAUGGAAUUUCGGGGAUUUUAUUUAAGUGGGUAAAUUAUGGGAAAGGUUGGAGGCCGAGAUGGUUUGUUUUGCAAGAUGGAGUGUUGUCGUAUUAUAAAAUUCAUGGACCUGAUAAGAUUGUUGUUAAUCGAGAGACUGAGAAAGGAUCCAAAGUUAUCGGUGAAGUAUCUAUGAGACGGAUUUCCAGGCCUAAGAAUGGGAAUUCGCAGAAUAGGCGUAAGCCUGUUGGUGAAAUUCACCUCAAGGUAUCUUCAAUCCGUGAGAGCAGAUCAGAUGACAAGAGGUUCUCAAUAUUUACUGGCACAAAGAGGCUGCACCUGAGAGCAGAGACACGCGAGGAUCGCUUGGCAUGGAUGGAAGCAUUGCAGGCUGUGAAGGAUAUGUUCCCUCGUAUGUCUAACAGUGAACUAAUGGCUCCUUUGGACAAUGUGGCUGUCUCAACAGAGAAGCUGAGGCAGCGCCUUCAAGAAGAGGGAGUGAGGGAGGAGGUGAUACGGGAAGGUGAGCAGAUCAUGAGAACUGAGUUUGCAGCGCUGCAGAACCAGAUAGUGCUUCUCAAGCAGAAGCAAUGGCUUCUCAUUGACACACUUCGCCAGUUAGAGGUUAUUGUCUCAGUGCAGACUGUGCUUGUAAUAGUGUCAUUUUUACUGGUCGUUUUGGAAGUCAGAGAUGCAAUACUGAUGAUGAGAUUGGUUUCACCAAGUGCUAUGACAACUUCUCCUAAUGUUGACUCCCUUGAUGAGCUCUCCAGCUUUCAUGCUUUCUUUGUUCUCCAAACUUGGUAUUGCAAGACAGAUUCUGUUGAAGCUGGUGAGUGUUGGAAGCAAACAGACCUUGGUUUUCCUGUGGUGGAACUUACAGAAAAGGUUGACCUGGAGAAUACUGUAGUUGAUGAGAGCCAGAGGCAGUUGAAUGAUCAAGGCACAUCUUCUUCUCUUCUGAGACAAGACAAGUUUAGUGAAGCAAGUGUCAGUGAAUCUGAUGAAGAUAAUGAAAGAGUUGAUGCUGCGGAGGAAGAAACGGAUGAUGAUGAGAAUACGUUCUUUGAUACUCGUGAUUUUCUAUCAUCAGGUUCUUUCAAAAGUAACGAGUCUGAUUUUCGGACAUCGUCAUUCUCUUCAGAUGAUGAAGGGUUUUUUGCUCUUGAAUCAGAAGAUGGCAUUGAUCCUUCGAUUAGAUCUGUUGGAUCAAACCAUCCUUACAUUAAGCGUCGUAAGAAGUUACCUGACCCAAUUGAAAAAGAAAAGGGUGUUAGUCUAUGGUCAAUGAUUAAGGAUAACAUCGGGAAGGACCUAACCAAAGUUUGUCUUCCUGUUUACUUCAACGAGCCUCUCUCUUCAUUACAAAAGUGCUUUGAAGAUUUGGAAUACUCAUAUCUUCUUGAUCGGGCAUAUGAAUGGGGAAAACAGGGUAAUAGUCUUAUGAGGAUUCUUAACGUGGCUGCUUUUGCUGUUUCUGGAUAUGCUUCAACUGAAGGAAGAAUUUGCAAACCAUUUAAUCCAUUAUUAGGGGAAACAUAUGAGGCUGACUAUCCCGAUAAGGGCCUCCGGUUUUUCUCAGAGAAGGUCAGUCAUCACCCCAUGAUUGUUGCAUGCCAUUGUGAGGGUACAGGAUGGAAAUUUUGGGGCGAUAGCAAUCUCAAAAGCAAAUUUUGGGGUCGCUCAAUUCAGCUUGAUCCCAUUGGAGUUUUGACUUUGGAAUUUGAUGAUGGAGAAGUCUUUCAAUGGAGUAAGGUUACAACAUCAAUAUACAAUCUUAUACUGGGAAAACUGUACUGUGAUCACUAUGGUACGAUGCGCAUAGAAGGAAAUCUUGAGUAUUCAUGUAAGCUGAAAUUUAAGGAGCAGUCUAUUAUAGACCGAAAUCCUCACCAGGUACAAGGAAUAGUUCAAGACAGGCAUGGUAAAACAGUGGCAACUCUUUUUGGAAAAUGGGAUGAGAGCAUGUAUUACAUGAAUGGCGACUUUUCUGGGAAGGGAAAAGGGUUUGAGUCUAUGAAAGAAGCCCAGAUGCUCUGGAAGCGAAGUAAACCUCCCAGAUUUCCCACCAGAUACAAUUUGACACGCUUUGCCAUAACGUUGAAUGAGCUCACCCCUGGACUUGAGGAAAAGCUGCCUCCCACAGAUUCAAGGCUUAGACCUGAUCAAAGAUACUUGGAAAAUGGUGAAUUUGAUAUGGCAAAUUCAGAGAAAUUGCGGCUAGAGCAACGUCAGCGCCAGGCCCGAAAUAUGCAAGAGAGGGGCUGGAAACCGCGGUGGUUUGCAAAGGAUAAAGGAAGUGAUUCAUACCGUUAUGUUGGCGGGUACUGGGAGGCCAGAGAUAAGGGAGAUUGGGAUUCAUGCCCUGAUAUAUUUGGCCAGAUCCCUAUCGAUCAGCUCUUUGAUUGA